GAAUGUCCUCACUCGGCCAAAAGGGUAAAGGUCAUUCUUCUUCCUUCCUUCGCCACCUGCUCUCUCUCUGUCUCUCUCUCCGGCUUUUUUGUGAAUUUCUCUCACCAAGACACACUCCUUCUCAAGGUCUCCUGGUGAAUUGUUUCUCUAUCCCUCUCUCCCCCAUGUGGUAAGGUUUAGGUUCGGUGGUGGUUGCGUCCAUGGAGAGGAAGGAGGAAACGAGUACUUCAUGGAGACAGUUGAAAGCUAUGCUUCGGAAGAACUGGCUUCUCAAAAUUCGUCACCCUUUUGUUACAUGCGCCGAGAUUUUUCUUCCAACAGUUGUAAUGCUUCUGCUAAUAGCGGUGAGGACGCGAGUUGAUACAAAAAUUCACCCAUCUCAGCCGUAUAUACGAAAAGAUAUGUUUGUGCAAGUGGGAAAGGAUGGUACGUCCCCUCCAUUCAAUCAAGUUUUGGAAUCUUUAUUGGCCAAGGGCGAGUUUCUGGCCUUUGCACCGGAUACAAGCGAGACAAGGAUGAUGAUCAAUAUUUUAUCUCUUAAAUUUCCUCUAUUGAAGAGGCACAUUAAGGAUAUUGAACCAACUUUUGCGCUAAUAGUUUUAGCUUUGAUAGCAUUUUCUAAUCUUUGGUCUUUCUACAUCAACUGUAAGAAGGCUCUGGCUUCUUAUGUGUUUCUUGGAGCUCUGUUUCUUCCUGCCCUCAUUCUUCUAGUUAACCUAAGAGACCCAUGGUCCUCUGCUAUGCAUUUUAUUGUACUUCCAAUUAAGUUUCUUGCAAAUUUUCAAUGCUUGUAUAAGUUGGUUACGAGAGUUUACAAAGAUGAAUCCGAGCUUGAGACCUACAUACGCUCAGAUCUUUAUGGAUCUUGCGAUCAAGUCAAGUGA